CCACUGAUCCUGGAUCCAUGGGAAUUUGGGAGGAUAAUCACCCUUUGUUUGACCAUCCGACAGAUUAUUCCGUAAAGGGAUGUAAUUCAGAUUUGAAGUGUAAUGCGGAUUUGGUUAAACCUGUGACCGUGUCAAAAUGUGGCAU